CACUACUUUUUCAAUCACUCUAAGAAAUAGUUGGUAAAAAUCUUUGAUAGCUUUAUUAAUUUAUUGGUUCCGUUCCAUACUAUCAGUUGCAAAGUAACGUGGAAGUGCUCGUUAAAAUAAUAGCCUGGAAUAUAAAUUGAAACAAUAGAAACAAUAUAUUUUAAAUUACCUUCAAAUAACUUUCAUUAGAAGAAAAAACAAAGAAAUUAUUUAGAAAUAAUGACAGCUAUUUAAAGGUAAUUAAAAAUAUAUUGUUUUUAUUGUUUUAAUUAAUUUUUUUUAAGAUUGUUUUUUACUAUAUAUAACAAUAUAUAUUUCCUAUAUCUUAUCAUUUUAAAUAUACUUGGAAAAAUCGCAUUGAUACAUGGAUUUAUUAUAGCUUUAUAAAAAAAAAUAUACAAUAUAUAUAUUUACCAACAAUUGAUAAAUAUUUAAUUUAAAUAAUCACAUCAUUGCCGACGUCAAUUUAUAAUAAAGUAAAAUAUAUAUAAGUCAACUACCGCGGUAUUUAUAUAUUACAGUAGAACAAUCAAACGAUCAAAAGACAGAUGUGUAUAGUGAAUUUUUAUAAAAUAUUUAAAAAAAUAAUAAAACAACAAUUAAAUGGAUGAGGGAUUCAGUGGUGGAUAAACGUAAUAUUAAUUAUCUUCAACAAAAAAUUAAACCAAGCCUUUUAAUUUAUCGUCCACCAGGUGGACGACCAGAGGCUUUAACGAGUCCACAGUUGAACGUGCAUGCUAAAGAAUUUACAAUGAAACAAAACGAUAUGCACAAUAAUAAUUCAAAUAGACACAGUAUGGCUGGACAUGAUGGUAGAACAGUUUAUUACAAUCUUCAACAGAGUAAAUCAAGUGGAAAUAUUCAUCGUCACAUGUUCAAUCAACAACAACAACAACAUCAUCAAUUACACCAGCAUCAACAACAUCCAUAUCAUCAUUAUAAUCAUCAUGUUCAAGGAAUUAGACAAAUGCAUCCAUUAAAUACUUCAGCAUCAAGUGGAAAUAUUUUACAUGGUAAUCAGGGUAAUCGUGUACAUUUUAAUAUGAAAAAUGAUAUUAAAACAACACAAAAUUCACAAGUGAUAAAACCUGGUAAAUUGACAAAAAGUUUGUCAUUUGUUACAUCAUAUGGAUUAAAAAGAUCAAAAAGUUUUACAUCAGCUGAUGUACUUGCUCAUAAAGCUAAUAAUAUUUCUGAAGCUGCUGAACUUGGAAGAUUUCCUGUUACUGUACAUGAUGUACUUAUUAAAGCAAUGGAAGAUCCAAAUGGACUCAAUUCAAGAAAUCUAAUGGAUCUCGUACGUCAUAUACUUGGAAGAAUCGUUGAAAAUCGUAAAUACUCUGAACCAGCUGCAAAAAUUUGCAUUAAAAUUAUUGAAAAAGAAGUUAAAGAAACAUUCUUAGAAUCACUUUUAAAUUUAUGCCAACAGUGGUAUCAAGAUCAAAGUAGAUUACUAAAUGAUACAGCAAGUUUAAAUAAAUUUUCAGCAUUUAUGACGUUCCUGAAUGAAAUGUAUUGUCAGUUAAAACGUCGUCAAUUGCAACUGAAAACUCAACAAGAGGGUGUAUCACCAGGACGUGUAUUAUUGACUCUAUUAUGGAAAUGUUGUCAAGAUUGUCUUCAGCCAUCUUUUAUAAAUUCAUUACCUGAAAGUAAUUGUUUAUUUUUUAUACUGACUUCAAUUGGCAAAGAUCUUGAUGUUGAAUUGCCACUUCAAUUGGAACAAUUACUUGCUUGUGUACGUGAUGCAUUUUUAGCUGAUAAUGCAACAUUACCAGCUGUUAGAAAAAUUCUUUUACAACUUAUUGAGCUACAUGCUGCACAUUGGCAAUUACCAGCUCCAGCACUUGUUUAUUAUUAUCCAGGUUCAUCAUCAAAGUCUUAACAAUAUUUUUGUUUAUUCAUCUAUUCAUUUUGUUUAUUGUUGUAAUAUUUUAUAUUCGUAAUACUUUUUAUUUUAUGUAAAUAUAAUAAUUUUUUUUUUAAUUAAUAAAAUAAAAAUAUUGACAAAAGUAUUUAUGAAAAAAAAU